AUGUCAGAUGCGGAAGAAACAUUUAUUCGAACUUGGCAGCUCGAAAUUGCAAACAAAUACGAGCAUGGACCUUGGUCGGACAUGGACUACAUUGUUUGGGGCGAGUCCUACAACUUCGGGGACAUCUCGGAGUGGCCUCUCGACGCUGUGGUGGUGAGCUCCGAGCCCGGCGAGAAGUGUCUGCUCGGCAGCUUGCGCUCGGCUGCGGACCUCCUCCAUGUGGAGUUGCACACGAAAGUUCCCGUUACAGUUGUUGUCAGCAUUUGUUGGAAAACAGAGAUGCAAGUGAAAGGAACUCCGAGAGAUUGGAACAAGCACUUCCUCGAUUGCGGUGUGCGUCACUUGCAAGUCGAGCUGGACGACCACCAGGUCAGGUACAGCCAGCAUCCGGACUGGUUCUUGGAAUGCACGCAGAACUGCACCCAAACUUGGAAAGGCAUGGCUGAUGCUCUGUCGAGUGCACGCACAGCCUGCAGAAAGGAGGGCAAGGACUUCAACGUGCUCUUCCACUGCUUCGGCGGCAUCAAUCGCAGCCCUGCGGCCCUUUGCGCAUGGUUGAUGCAGGACACAAGGUGCAGCGCGGCGGAAGCUGUGGGGCGCAUUUUAGCGGCUCGACCAGCUCUAAGAGCGUGGAGACGCCGCGACUACGUGCGAGUCUACGUGGGUUUGACGCCCAUUCAAUCCGAUCAGGUGUUGGCCGGAACUCCGAGAGAUUGGAAGAAGCACUUCCUCGAUUGCGGUGUGCGUCACUUGCAAGUCGAGCUGGACGACCACCAGGUCAAGUACAGCCAGCAUCCGGACUGGUUCUUGGAAUGCACGCAGAACUGCACCCAAACUUGGAAAGGCAUGGCUGAUGCUCUGUCGAGUGCACGCACAGCCUGCAGAAAGGAGGGCAAGGACUUCAACGUGCUCUUCCACUGCUUCGGCGGCAUCAAUCGCAGCCCUGCGGCCCUUUGCGCAUGGUUGAUGCAGGACACAAGGUGCAGCGCGGCGGAAGCUGUGGGGCGCAUUUUAGUGCGAGUCUACGUGGGUUUGACGCCCAUUCAAUCCGAUCAGGUGUUGGCCGGACAGGCAGUCGUGGGUUCCUUCAAGAACCGCUGGGGACUUCGUCCUACCGCCGCCAUUCAUCGGUGCCUGGACUCGGACAUGACGACGUGGGAUGGAGAAAUUCCCACUGGACGUUCGGGUGAUCCUCACACCGUCAGAGCUCACGCUAUCACCUUUACGCCGAUGGGGUACACGACGCUCAUGGAAAUGGGCCUGUUGGAAAAGACCCCCCAGAACCCCGGAUGGUUUCGCCUUCACAUGCCGCUUCGUCGUGAGUCGUUGGGCGCAGACGGCACACUGCUGUUCUCGAUUGAAGCGCAGUGGCAGAGCGCUUAG